AUGAUGGGCUAUUCGCACGCAAUGGAGUCGAAAGUCCAAGCUGCGCGUGACAAUGAGCUGAGAGCGGGCCUAGUCACGUCCUGGCUCGACGUUAUCAUGGCUGCCAGUGGAAGCUUCUUAAACGUCGUGAGUCCCGCCAUCACGCUCGCACUGUACACCGUUUUCGCCAAAUUGACCGGGGAUGCUGCUCUUGAUGCGGAUCGAGUUUUCACGUCCUUUGCUCUGAUCCAAAUGGUUACCCUGUCAGCUACUUCAAUCGUAUUCAUUCUUCCGGAGUUUACCGCGGCCGUGAUAGGUUUCGAUAGGAUACAAAACUUUCUCCUUCAACCCGACCACCAAGACAAUCGCAAACUUGCCGAAGGCCAGGUUGAACACUUCCUCGCCUACAUCUACACUGAUCAAAAUCAACCUCGUGAUAUCAUCGUGGGGCCCCUGUACCCCGAAGAUGGCUAUGCCAUCGUGGUCAAUUUUGCGACAGUCCGAUAUGAUACCGAACCUCAACCCUCGCUGAACCACAUUAAUUUGACAAUAAAAACCGGUUGGCUUGUGCUUGUUGCCGGCACGACUGGGUCGGGAAAGACAACUCUCGCCAACACAAUAUUGGGAGAUGUAAAGCUUCAGAGCGGAUCUGUAUCAACCUGUUCUGACCACAUUGCAUUCUGCGCGCAAUCUCCAUGGCUAGGAGAUGGUACGAUCAGAGAUAUCAUAGCGGGCCCCCCAGGAUGCAGUGUGACCGACGAACACUGGUACCACAGAGUUCUAUAUGCCUGUGACUUGGAUCUCGACUUUCUUCGACUCCCAAAAGGAGAUAAAACCCUGGUAGGCCACGAGGGUGUCUCUCUCUCUGAGGGUCAGAGGCAACGAUUGCCUAACCUCUUGCAAUUGACUAAUACGACUGAUCUAGGGGCUCUCCUUCAACAUGCGGAUUUGAUAGUCAUUCUCAGCCCCAAUGGGUCUAUAUGCGAACAAGGCACUUGGGAUGAACCAAAGGUUCAGGCACGGUACAACGGAUUGGAUCUCCAACCAGACACUGAAUGGCCUCAGGAUCAGCACAAAAGGGAAUUCCAACAGAUGGAUAUCCCCCGCUUGCAUUUCUCGAACCCCGAAGAGCCAAUUGAUCUAUUACGGAAACCCACACAUAGCACCAUCUUUACACAAUAUGUUGCUGCAAUUGGGAAAUACCGAUUCCUAGUCAUUAUACUUAUUUUUCUCUCCUCCGCAGCUUUCGCGAUGCUCGUUCAGAACUUGCUUCGACUAUGGACAAGAAAUGAGGAACCCAGCAAGCGGGCAACCUUCUAUCUUGGUCUUUAUUUCGCAUUGGCAUUUGGGCACUGGGUGUCAUUGACUGGAGUUGGCACUAUCGAACUCCUCGUUGUGCCUACAUCUAGUCGCGCUCUGCACGAUCAACUUCUUACAACAGUCAUAAAAGCCGCCUUCUCAUUCAUCACAUCCACCAAUAUCGGAACCACACUCUCGAGGUUCAGUCAUGAAAUGGAUCAAAUUGAUCGGAAACUACCCCGUGAAAUCGCUGCACUGGGAACUCAGGCGUUCAAACUCCUGGCUCAGAUCAUUUUGCUCUGCAUGUCACAGACAUACAAUAUAAUCGCGCUUCCCGUGCUUGCGAUGGUUGCCUACUUUAUCCAACGGAUGUACCUUGUGGCCAGUCGACAAGUCAAGAGCCUUUGUGUGGAAACAAGCUCCCUCCCAAACGACAGCUUUGUGGAAACUGUUCAAGGAAUAGCCACAAUCCGGGCUUUCGGAUGGGAAAACGCCUAUGCUCUGGAGAAUAGUAGAGCAUUAGAUGCUGCCCAGAUUCCGCCAUAUACACUGCAUGCUCUUGAGCACUGGCUUGGACUGGUACUGGAUUUAAUCGUCGCUGGCGUGGCGUUAGUCAAUGUUGCCUUCAUCGUUACAUUCACGGGUAGCAUGACAGCCGGCGGUGUCGGCAUCAGUAUGAACGUAAUACUGAUUCUCAAUAUGGUUUUGAUGAUUACAGUCCAGUCAUGGGCUAAUUUUGAUACAUCGCUCGGCGUCAUUUCCCGUAUCAAAAACUGUGCAAAGACGGUGGCUCCCGAGUCCCAACUCACACAAGAAUAUCCCAUCCCUGAAUCAUGGCCCUCCAGUGGGGAAAUAAACCUAAACAAUGUUGUUUUCGACUUCGCUACCCCGGUGGAACAGAUAACUGCAUCGGACCACGCCCUCACCGACGUCUCUUUCAAUGUGGCACCUGGCCACAAAAUUGCCGUGUGCGGGCCAGCUGGCAGCAGCAAAUCAUCUCUACUCCUCAGCUUCUUGCGGAUGAUAGAUUUGCCCGAGGGAUGCAUUAUAAUCGACAGCUUGGAUCUGAGCUCAAUAUCACGAGAUUUGAUAAGAUCCCGAAUAAUCACAAUGCCACAGGAUUUAUUCAUCAUCUCAAGUGAUUCUGUUCGCGGGAACCUAGAUGUUCAGGGACUUGUCACGGACAAACGGAUUGUUGAAACAAUGAAAAAAGUGCAUCUUUGGUCAAGCUUGGAGUCCAGAGCCAUAGACGCGGGACUCUCACCAACGUUUCGUCUCGACAUGCCAAUGGAAGCCUGGCCAUUGUCGGAAGCGCAGUUGCAGCUGUUUUCGCUCGCUCGCGCGCUUUUACUUCGCUCUUCCCGUGGGAACAUCCUUCUCCUCGAGGAAUCCACCAGUAAUCUCGAUACAGAGACUAGCGGACUCAUUCAGCAAGUGAUCCAUGAUGAGUUCCGGGGCUAUACCAUUAUUGUGCUGGCCCACCGACUGGAGACUAUCACGGAUAGUGAUUCAAUUAUUGUGAUGGAAAAAGGGCGGAUUGUCCAAGUUGGGCCAUUCGAUAAUUUACGGGAGAACGAGGGAGCUUUUAGGUCCCUCUUGGAUUCAAGUGCGCUAUAG